AUGGAUUCCCAAUACACUAAGCUUAACCAGAAAUGCAAAGAAUCUUACAAUUCAGUACUUGUACUCUUGUUUUGCUUGAUUUUAUCCGCUCUAUGGUAUUUCAUACAUUACAAGCUCAUACUCAGAUGGCCUAAUAUAGGUAAGCUCCUGUCAAUCAUCUUUAACGCACACCGCAUUCACGAUUGGACCGUUGAUAUCUCGAAAGCAUGUGGUAGCACGAUCGUCGGAAGAGGACCUUUUUUUAGACGACUUGAGAUUGUAUACACAUGCGAUCCUCGUAAUGCUAAGUAUAUACUUGCUACUAAUUACAAUAACUUCAGUGACAGACAAGACUACAGCGAUGCGUUCGAUAUAUUUGGUGACGGACUCCUCACCGCCGCGUCAAAUUUUUGGACGGCACAAAGAAGGGUUUCACGUUUGACGUUUAACUCGAAGACAGUUCGUAAUAUCAUUUCUCAUAAGGGUUUGAAGGUAGUUCAAGAUUCAUUGCUGCCUCUGUUAUCAUACUUCUCUAAAGACUCAUCGGUUGUGGAUUUACAAGAUGUGCUCAUGAGGUACAUGCUUGAUACUUCCAUUGACAUCAUCUUUGGUAAAAGGUCUAGUUAUCUUUCAAUCAGCCUUCCACCAAAUGAGUUCGGAAAAGCCAUGAACGAUGCAUCAGAGGCUAUAUUCUAUAGACAUGUGGUACCUAUCUCAUGGUGGAAGUUGUCUCGACGUUUGAAGAUCGGUAGUAACGAGAAGAAGUUGGAGGCAGCAUGGAAAAUUAUAGAUCGUCACAUAUCAAAGUACAUUAAAGCUAAAAGAGAAACAAUGGUGGCUAAAGGAAGUACGAACGUAAAUGAACAUGAAGAAAAUGGUCUACUAGAUGUAUACAUGAGUAUUAAAGAUGGUGAAAAGGAUGAACUGAUGUUGUCGAAGAUGUGCACUGACAAGUUCUUUAGAGACACUUGUAUUAAUUUCCUCAUCGCUGGACGUGAUUCAACAGGGUCCACUCUUUCUUGGUUCUUCUGGUUGAUUUUUAAGAACCCAUCUGCAGAGGCAAAGAUACUUGAAGAACUUGAGCUUGUGAUCAUAUCCAAGAAGAUUAAUAAAAUGGAGAAGAAGCAUCCUGUGAUGUUUGAUGCAGUUGACCAAACAUGGAUGGUGUAUCUUCAUGCAGCCAUAUGUGAAUCACUAAGACUUUACCCGGCCGUUCCUCUUCUCCGCAAAACUUCCACAAAUAAUGAUGUAUUUCCUGAUGGAACAGAAGUGUGCCCAGGGAUGACAGUUAUAAUCUCUUUAUACGCCAUGGGAAGGAUGGAAUGUGUAUGGGGGAAGGAUUGUUUGGAAUUCAAGCCGGAAAGAUGGAUCGGUGAAGAUGGCAAGUUAAAUCCUGAAACCAUGUCUAAGUUUUUCUCAUUCAGCCUAGGUCCUAGGAACUGUAUUGGGAAAGACAUGGCUUUCGUGUUGAUGAAAUUAGUUUCUUCAGCUAUAAUUUAUAACUUCCAUCUUGAAGUUUUAGAGGGUCAGAAUAUUGUGCCAGCACCAGCAAUAAACUUUAGAAUGAUGAAUGGGUUAAUGGUAAGGUUAAGGGAAAGGGAAAGGGUAUCUCAAUAA